AAAUAAAACUUUAUUGCCUUUGAGGAUGCCACGCUUUUACGCCUCCACCACUGCACUCUUCUGCAUCUUCGUCCUUCUCGGCUGUCAGUGGAGCAGCAGCAAUCCUUUGGCCUCCGGAGCAGCUGCCUCCACGCGUCGCCUGUCGGACACGAUAAAUAUUGGAUUCCUGGCUGAAUACUCCCAGAUGCGGGUGACGCUGGGAGGACUGCCACUGGCCAUCGAGGAUGUGAACAAAAAUCCGUACCUGUUGCCGGGCAAGAAGUUGGCCUUUAAACCAGUCGACAUAGGCCACAAAAUGAGCGCCUACCGGGUAAAGCCCCUUAGGGCGAUGACACAGAUGCGUGAAUCGGGCGUGACCGCGUUCAUCGGUCCGGAUGAGAGUUGCACCACAGAGGCGCUUCUGGCCUCCGCUUGGAACACACCGAUGCUUUCCUUUAAAUGCUCCGACUCAAUUGUCUCAAACAAAAGUACGUUUCACACCUUUGCUCGAACAUUGGCUCCGGCCUCCAAGGUGUCUAAAAGUAUAAUUAGUCUACUAAACGCCUUUCAUUGGAAUAAAUUUGCCAUAGUUGUCAGCUCAAAGCCCAUUUGGGGCUUAGAUGUUGCUCGGGCAAUUCAGGAACUGGCGGAAGCAAGAAACUUCACCAUCAGUCACUUCAAACAUAUCUCCGACUACAUACCGACCACCAAAACCCUUUCGCAGAUCGAUAAAAUUAUCGAAGAAACAUAUUCAACAACCCGCAUCUAUGUGUUCAUUGGGGAGCAUAUCGCCAUGGUGGACUUUGUGCGAGGCCUCCAGAAUCGGAGGCUCCUGGAGAGCGGGGACUACAUCGUGGUUUCCGUGGACGACGAGAUCUACGACUCCAACCGGAGGGUUAACAUUAUGGAACGUAAUUAUUUAGAUCCUUAUAUUAGAAAAGAAAAGAGCAAAUCACUGGACAAAAUCUCAUUUCGUUCAGUUGUAAAAAUAAGCAUGACAUAUCCACAAAACCCCCAUAUUCGCGACAUUUGUUCGAAAAUAAAAGAUUAUGCUCGAAAGACUCCAUUUCUGGUGCCAUAUCAUCAACGUGUCUUUGACAACAUAUCGGUGCCCAUAUAUGGUCUACAUCUUUACGAUAGUGUUAUGAUCUAUGUUCGAGCCAUUUCGGAAGUUUUAAAACAGGGCGGUGAUAUAUACGAUGGAAAUUUGGUAAUGAGUCAUAUUUUCAAUAGGUCCUAUCAUUCAAUACAAGGAUUUGAUGUCUACAUAGACUCUAAUGGGGAUGCUGAGGGGAAUUACACAGUGAUAACUCUGCAAAACGAUGUCGGCAGUGGAACCUCAGGCGGAUCUCUGGCCAAGAUGUCCAUGCAGCCAGUGGGGUUCUUUGCGUACAACAAGCACUCCCUAAUACCGGAGUUCCGCUACAUAAAGAGUGAUAGACCCAUCCAGUGGCUAAAUGGCCGUCCUCCGCUCGCAGAACCCCUCUGUGGUUUCCAUGGCGAACUGUGUCCUCGAAAGAAACUAGAUUGGCGAUAUCUGGUAACGGGUCCAUUAAGUGCCCUCGUCGUCGUGGUGGCCAUCGCUCUGCUAAUCAAGCAUUACCGCUAUGAACAGACACUGGCAGGACUUUUGUGGAAAGUGGACAUGAAGGAAGUUACCGUCAUUAAUCUCGGCGAAUACAACAACCCCAGUAAUAAAAAUAUUUUUCAGAUAUGUCGCCAAAGCAUUUUAGUGGUUGGAGAACCCAACAAAAGGUCCUUUACAAAUAUAGCUCUUUUUCGGGGCAAUAUUGUGGCCAUGAAAAAGAUUCACAAAAAGAGCGUGGACAUUACUCGUUCCAUUCGCAAGGAACUGAAACUGAUGCGAGAGGUUCGGCAUGAGAACAUUAUCAACUUCAUUGGGGCAUCCACAGAUCACGGGUCUGUGAUCAUCUUCACCACGUAUUGUGCACGAGGCAGUCUGGAGGACGUGCUGGCCAAUGAGGACUUGCACCUGGACCACAUGUUUGUCUCCUCUCUGGUCUCUGACAUCCUGAAGGGCAUGAUCUACCUGCACGACUCCGAGAUAAUAUCCCACGGAAAUUUGCGAUCCAGCAACUGCCUCAUCGACUCCCGCUGGGUUUGCCAAAUCUCUGACUUUGGACUCCACGAACUAAAUGCGGGCCAAGAAGAACCCAACAAGAGUGAACUAGAACUGAAACGUGCCCUCUGCAUGGCGCCAGAGCUUUUGAGGGAUGCCUACCGACCUGCACGCGGUUCCCAGAAGGGAGACGUCUACUCCUUUGGGAUUCUCCUCUACGAGAUGAUUGGCCGCAAGGGUCCUUGGGGGGAUACGGCCUACUCAAAAGAGGAAAUAAUUCAGUUUGUCAAGUGCCCGGAACUGCUGCAGCACGGCGUAUUUCGUCCGGCUCUGACCCACACUCACCUGGACAUUCCGGACUACAUCCGUAAGUGUUUGUGCCAGUGCUGGGACGAAGAUCCGGAGGCCAGGCCCGACAUCAGACUGGUCCGCAUGCAUCUGAAGGAACUCCAGGCUGGCUUAAAACCCAAUAUAUUUGACAACAUGCUAUCGAUAAUGGAAAAAUAUGCCUACAAUCUUGAGGGUCUAGUUCAGGAACGAACUAAUUUACUAUACGAAGAGAAAAAGAAAACAGACAUGCUUCUUUACCAAAUGCUGCCUAGACCUGUAGCUGAGCUCCUAAAGCGAGGGGAUCCUGUAGAGGCAGAGUGCUUUGAAUGUGUAACAAUAUUAUUUAGUGACAUUGUGGGAUUCACCGAACUUUGCACCACAAGCACCCCAUUUGAGGUGGUAGAAAUGCUGAACGACUGGUACACCUGCUGCGAUUCGAUCAUAUCCAAUUACGAUGUCUAUAAGGUUGAGACAAUUGGAGAUGCUUAUAUGGUUGUAUCCGGAUUGCCACUGCAGAAUGGAAAUCGACAUGCAGGAGAGAUAGCCUCUUUAGCUCUCCAUCUCCUAGAGACCGUGGGGAAUCUCAAAAUUCGGCAUAAGCCCACUGAGACUGUUCAGCUCCGUAUUGGAGUUCACUCGGGUCCAUGUGCAGCUGGAGUUGUGGGACAAAAGAUGCCCAGAUAUUGUCUAUUCGGAGACACUGUGAACACAGCAUCCAGGAUGGAGAGCACCGGGGAUUCAAUGAAGAUACACAUAUCCGAGGCCACCUACCAACUUCUGCAGUUAAUUGGUAGCUAUGUUUGCAUAGAAAGGGGUCUGACCAGUAUCAAGGGCAAGGGCGACAUGCGAACCUAUUGGCUGACAAAUCGUCACCAAUCCGAGCUUACACCGGAUCUCAUUAGUACCGUGGAUACUCUGGAUAGCUACUGUUCCGCGGGAAGGGAAAGUAUGGAGCACAUACUCCACCAGUAUUGCAAUCCAGCUCAGAAUAACUAUAGACUGGGAUCCUGCAAGUGUGACACGAAGUGUUUAUAUAGCCGCCGAUCAGACGACAAUGUGACCAAUUCCCAUGUCACUUCAGAGUUUCCGAAGAUAAGUGAGCCGACGCAGGUCAACUGCAAUCAAUUAUGCAUUUGCCGGUUAAACAGCAGCCAAGUGUUCAGCAAUCGAAGUCCUCGAUCUGCUCCAAGCAUCACAUUUAGACUAUAAGGAUUUCACUUUGUUAUAUCUAAGAUAUU